AUGAAGCGUCAGGUCAUCUCGGACGACACGGCGGACUCAGCAUUUGACGUCUUGCAUCAUCUCUCGGGCAACUCGCCGUACUUCAAUUCACCAGGUGUCGGUCUAACUCCGUCUGUUCCGUCUGGUUGCAACGUCUCUGCCGCGGCUCUUUUCAUUCGCCACACGGAUAUCUACGCCAACGACUACGAAUACGAGAACUCUCUAGCACCCUUGAUAUCCAAACUCGCCAACUUUUCCAGCAAGAACGCCUGGGCACGCGAUGACGCGCUCGCGUUCCUGGUCAACUGGACAAGCCCCAUAGAUGACCCAGAUGCUGAGAUCGAGGAGACGACAAUAUAUGGGAGGGAGGACGCAAAGGCACUCGGAGGGUUGGUAGCAGGACGCUAUGAGAGCCUACUGAGUGGAAGCGGAGAAGGAUUCAAUGUCUGGACGGCGGAUGCAGACAGGGACCAGGAAACAGCAAAGGCUUUCGUUGAGGGUUUAGGCUCAGUGAUUACUUCCAACAUUUCACUCGUCAUUGUCGACGAAGGCGAAAAUCAGACUGCGAAUACUUUGACACCCCACGAAUCUUGCGAUACCUUCUCGUCCUCCGCUGGUUCUGAGGAACAGUCCACGUUCAUCAGUGUCUACGCCACCCCCAUCGCUUCCCGUCUCAACGGCAUUGUUCCCGAAUUUAACUGGACCGCCACCGAUGUCUUCGCUGCGCAAGCCUUGUGCGGCUACGAGACCGUCAUCAAGAACGAAAGCUCUUGGUGCAGCGUAUUCGGCGAGGAUGAGUGGUUGGGCUACGAAUAUGCAAACGACUUGGAAUAUCAUCAUCAACUUGGCUUUGGCUCUGAGGUCGCACCAUACCUCGGCAUGCCAUGGGUAUCGGCCGUGACCCGACUCCUGGACGGUUCUGCUGCCACCAAUGUCUCUAGCAGUGCCAACUCUAGUGCCGCCUCGCAGAAUGUCUGGAUCAGUUUCUCGCACCGUGAGGAACCCCCUUUCAUCGUCACGGCUCUCGAUCUCUUCAACACGACCAACGCUUCCAUGCCCGACACCUCCAUUAACUUUUCCCGUGCUUGGCGUACAUCCUACAUCCUGCCCUUCCUCGCAAAUAUUGCUCUCGAAAAGCUGACCUGCUCUAUCGCCACGGGAACUUACAACGCCACCACAAACCAGACGACUAGCAGUGGAGUGCAGACAAGCGACUAUGUCAGGGCGGUGGUGAAUUCAGCGCCAAUUCCUAUCGAGGGAUGUGGCGCGAGCGGUCCUGGAGGAAGUUGCACGCUGGAGGCGUUCGGGAGUUAUGUUUCUGAUCGUCAAGCCCUCUACGGCGACUUCACCACCGCCUGCGGUAUCGAUACAUCGUCAAUCACAAACGCCACUAACACUCUCGGGAUCUAUGAGGGUGUUCUGCCCGCCAGUGGUGAGGCCGUACAGGUCAUCAGCGUCAGUACGCAGGGCAACGGCUCUGUCAACACUGGCGAGGGUUCACCUUCCGCUUAG